GCCCUCUCUUCUUUCACAACGAUGAACACUAUAAAGCUUGGGCUGAUUUAAACUUGAAUUUAACAGUUUUUCUUUUCAGUUUCUCAACUCUUCGUUUAGUUCCUCUUCUGGCACAAACCAACGAAUUCGAAAAUAUUGCAUCGAUUAUCUCCUUGCAUAGACGUUUUUGCCACCUUUUCCCGCUUGCCGUCUUAGCCAGUGGUUUCCACCAACACCCACCCUCUACGCUGAAAUCGUUAUUCAAGUGAUAUCUCGCCUCCCCAAAGGGUUUUUAUUCCAUUGCAACAUAGCCGUUGACCCCCUCUCUUGCCACCGCGUUCGGACAUAUUCUGACAUUCCAUAGAUAGAGCUCCUGCCGGUCUAUAAAAGCUAACCUUAAACCUUAGCGUCUCGUUUUUGAUCACCUGUCAAAUUUUAAAUACUUCUCCCAAAUGUCUAAAACGCCAGAAAUCGUUCCGCCACCGAAACUGAAUGUGUCAUACGGCCAGUCAUUCAGGGACUGGUGUAACUACCGCAAGCUCAGUCUUGUCGAGUACGACUUGCUCUCGGUUUUGCCGUUUUUCCCAGAAGCCGAUGCCCACCGCAAGGCGGAGAUCUUGGAUGUGCCUAUCGGAAACAACAACUACAUCCACGAAUUCUACGUGGAAAACCUCGACCACGCGCCGGCCACCAAGGACAUUGUCAUUGUCCAUGGCUACGGCGCCGCCUUGGGCUUCUUCUAUCGCAACGUGGACCCGCUAUCCUUGCUAGCACCAGGCGUAAGACUUCAUUUUCUCGACCUUCUUGGUUUCGGCUUUUCCAGCAGACCCAGCUUCCCAAAACUUGCCUCCAAAACCAAGGAAGACGUGGCGAAGGUGGAAGACUUCUUUGUGGACUCCCUCGAGGAGUGGAGAAAAGCGCGUGGAAUCGAAAAGUUUGUGCUCAUUGGCCAUUCUAUGGGUGGUUAUCUCAGCAGCUGCUACGCCAUGAAGUACGAGCUGCGGGUCGAGAAACUCAUUUUGGUCUCACCUGUGGGCGUUGAAAGAAACACGUCUUCCAUCCUCGAAGUUGAGAGCUCCGACUCUCCAUCUCCCCCGGUAACGACCUCCAACUCGUUUCCUCCGUCACCCCCCUCAGCGCCAGUGGCUAAACCCACCAAAGUGAGAAAGCUCAUCAACUUUCUCUGGGAUAGAAACGUCUCUCCGUUCAGUAUUAUUCGCUAUUCGGGCCCAUUCCAGUCCAAACUCGUUUCCAUGUGGUCCUACCGCCGGUUUGCCACGUUACCAACCCUUGAGGUGGAGCUUCUUCACCAGUAUUCGUACAAGAUCUUUGCGUCGCCGGGAAGCGGCGAAUACGCGCUUACCCGUCUUCUCGCCCCCGGGGCGUUGGCCAGAAUGCCGUUGCUAGACCGAGUCCCAGAGAAAUUUACUCUGCAAGGCUUGCUGACGUUAUGGAUGUAUGGAGACAGAGACUGGAUGAAUGAUGAGGCUGGCGAGGACUGUGUGAAGGCGAUCAGAGAAAGGGGCGGAGAGGCAGAAUUUGUGAUUGUGGAAGAUGCGGGCCACCAUGUGUAUUUAGACAAUCCCGAGGUGUUUACCAAGGAAGUUUCCAAGUUUUUGAACCUAGCCAAGAUGACUGAGACGGUGUCUUAGAGCUAAACAAGGAUUACUUCCAGAUUUUGGAGUUCGACUUUUUAUUGGAGCCACUUAAUAUCUCAGGGCGAG